AUGUCCUCCGAUCUCCUAUCACCCGAGGAACAGGAGGUACUUAGUAUCUACUGGACCAUAGUCGAAGAGCAUCGAGAUCGAGUGCGUGUGGCUCGUGACGCUAUAACCGCGCGCUAUCAAUUAGAGAUGCGCGCACUUGAGGCCGUUGAGGAGAAUCUACUUGCCAACCUCGGUCCAUAUACAGCUUACCACGCUGUUCUCUGUGCUCCAGUCACGACGUUCCAGCCAAAUCACGUCGUUGCGACGAUGAAUCGUCGGGAUGAUAGUGCGAAGAAGGUGCGCGUGGCUAUGAAGGCCGCGAAGCGGAAAGCGGAAAUUCAAGCGCUUCCGUCUGUUGAGGCAGCCCGGGCGUUUCGUGCACAAUUCGAACUUGGUGUCAUUGGCGGUCUAGAGGGGGAAGGAGCUAGCUCGCUGUUUCGUGGGUAG